AGAAAAGGCUGAGCCGGAUAGACAGCGUAUGAACGCAUCGGCCUGCUCAUCGUCAAAAUCUUGCUCACAGCCCGAACACUAUCCUCUUAUAUCUCACCACUUUCUCCCGUUCAUUCCACCAGACACCCUCGCUACACUUCGCGCUUCGCACUUCUUGACUACGACCAAGCCACCUUUAUACAAAGAACACACAAGAUCUUCGACAUGUCCGCAAUUCCCGGAGCCGAUGAACCAAAAACUACAUCCAAAAUAUCUGACAGACCACCCACUGUCUGUGUCUUCUGCGGUGCCUCCUCAGGUGCUUCUCCGGCGCAUCUCGCAGCCGCCCGCGAGCUCGCCAAAGCUUUCCACGCCCACGGCAUCCGCCUCGUCUACGGCGGCGGUACAUACGGCGUCAUGGGCGAGAUCGCCAAGACCCUCGUCUCGCUCUCCGGUCCUGACGCCGUGCAUGGCGUAAUUCCCGAAGCACUCCUCCGCGGGGAGCGAGAUGAUUGCAACGGGGAGAAGGCCGCAGGUGAACUACAGCAGGAGAAUGGCAAUGCAAUGAAAACGCCAAUGCAGGUGAAGAGCGUGAUUGAUGAGAGCGUCUACGGACGAAUCAGCGUUGUUGAGGAUAUGCAUUCGAGGAAGCAGAUGAUGGCAAGAGAAGUCAUCGAGUCGGGUAGUGGAGGAGGUUUUGUGGCCUUGAGUGGUGGGUAUGGGACUCUGGAGGAAUUGAUGGAAGUUGUGACGUGGAACCAAUUGGGAAUCCACGAGAGAGCGGUGGUGCUGUACAAUGUGGAGGGAUACUGGGAUGGGAUUAUUAGUUGGGUCAAGACGGCGGUGGGCGAGGGGUUUGUGAGCAAGUCGAACGAAAACAUCAUGGUUGAGGCGAGGACGGGUGAGGAGGUUGUGGAUUGCUUGAGGAGUUACCAGAAGUCGGAGGGAAGGUUCAAGUUGAAGUGGGACCAGUCGUGA